AUGACUUCUUUUGUAAAUUCUACUGAACAAGCUACCAAAUCUGUUAAUGAUUUAUUAUCAAGUUUAUUACCAGGUGCUACGAAAUUAAAAAUAAAUAGUAAUAAUAUUAGAAGUGAGAGUACGAAAGGUUCCAAAGCUAAACUGAUUGAUCGUAAUUUGAAGAAAAAUAUUGAAAUAAAAGAAAGAGAUGUCUAUAAGAUUAAAAAAAAAAAAAAACUAAUUGAACAAAAAGAAUUUAAAAUCAACAAAGUAAAAGAAUUGAAAUUAGAACAAAAUGCUAAAUUAAGUAUAUUAAAGAAACACAAGUCGGAAGGUACUUUAACCAAAAAGGAGAAAAAAUAUUUGAGAGCAGUUAGUGAUCAAAAUAUUAAUAAGGCAAAAUCAUGGGAUUUUGAUGAAGAUGAGAAAGAAGAAUUACAAAAUGUUCAAAAUGAAAUUAUGAAUUUUAUGAAGAGUAAUAAUAAUUAUGAUAAACAUAAAAGAAGAAGAUCAAAGAAAAAACAAUUCAAAGAAGAAAUUUCCGCAAAGAAGCAACUCAAUGUCGAUCAUAGAUAUCCUGGUUUAACUCCAGGCCUGGCACCAGUCGGAUUAAGUGAUGAAGAAGAUUCAAGUGAAGAAGAAAAAGGUUUUUGA